AUAAAAAGAAAUAAAAUCUACUCUUUAAUUUUUCAAUAUUGUUUAUAAAAAAUAAUUCAACACAUCAAAUAUGAGUUAAACUCUGAAUACCAUGUGACCCAAACCCUAUAGAAUAAGGUCAAACCGAUCCAACACGAGUCGAACUUAAAACCCACCUCCACCUACUAUAAAAGAACUUCACCUAAGAAGUAUAAAACCAACCCAAAAUAAGUAAAUAUAAGAUUAGUUCAUCCAAAAAGCUCACCCAUAACUCCUUCACAACACAAAAAGCCUUCAAAAUUCCUCAAAACAUAACACAAAGAUCCAUUUAUAAUUCAUCCAUAUACCCAAACCUCCAAACCAAACCUAACCCAACCCAUUUUAUUAAUCCCAACUCCGGUAGUAAAAAAAAACACCACCAUACCACUGCCCUAUUCUCUCCCAUUAUACUACGUAACAACUGUAACAAAUUAUUAUUAUUUUUAAUUCAUUUUUAAGUAAUUUUCUCUCUCAUCGCCUCUCCUUCGGCUUCUCUUUUACAAACUUAACUUAUUAUUAUCACCCUUCACAAAAACAUAGCUCAAAAAUCCCUCCUCCAUUUCUCUCUCUCUUUUUAUUUUUUUUUUCUCUACCAAAAAAACCAAAACUCUUUUUUUUUUGAAUAAUUAUUUCCGAUUUUCAAAACCUAAUUUCAUCAUCAUCGAAGAAUCAGCAAGUUUUUGUUCUUCAUCACCAUUUUUUUUCGUUGUGUAAUUUGUGUUGUGUUCUUUUAAAAACUAGAUUGUAGAUUUUGUUCUUGGAAUUUUUAGAUUAUUUUUUUGCGAUUAUUCAGUGAGAAAUUAGAGCUGCUAUGAUUCGUUGAAGGAGAAAUUAGUGGUGAUUUUUUUAGAUAUGAAGAGGUCUAGAGAUGAUGUAUUUACAGGGCCUCAAGUUAAACGGCCGCAACCUGCUAGUUCUUAUCGCGGCGAGAGCUCGGGGCAGCCUCAAAUGGUUGGAGGUGGCGGGGCUGUUGCACCUACACCGCAGAGAUUAACGACUAACGAUGCCUUGGCUUACCUGAAGGCAGUGAAGGAAAUGUUCCAAGAGAAGAAGGAGAAAUAUGAUGAGUUUUUAGAAGUUAUGAAGGAUUUUAAAGCCCAAAGAAUCGACACUACUGGUGUUAUAGCAAGGGUUAAAGACUUGUUCAAAGGGCAUCGCGACUUAAUAUUGGGAUUUAAUACCUUUUUGCCCAAGGGAUAUGAAAUCACCCUUCCUCCUGAGGAUGAUAAUCCUCCUGCGAAAAAGCCAGUUGAAUUUGAAGAAGCAAUUAGUUUUGUUAAUAAAAUUAAGUCGCGGUUUCAUGGCGAUGAGCGUGUCUAUAAAUCAUUUCUUGACAUUUUAAAUAUGUAUAGGAAAGAAAACAAGACCAUCAGUGAGGUCUAUCAGGAGGUAGCCGAACUCUUCCGAGACCAUCGGGACCUUCUUGAGGAAUUCACACAUUUUCUUCCUGAUACGUCAGGAGCAACAGCAGGUCAAAAUGGUCCAUCUGGUAAAAAUUCUAUCUUGCGGGACAGGAAUUUAGCCAUGCCUUUAACAAGGCCGAUAGAUAGGAAGGAUCGUGAGUUCAAUGUUGAUGGCUCUGAUGCGGACAAUGAUAAAUUGGGGAAGGCAGAGCGAGAGCAGAGGAGGCGGCUUGAUAAAGAAAGAGAUAAAAAAGAUGGUAUUAUCAGGGUUGAAGACUCUAUUACAGAUCAAGGUGCGGAAAACUAUGGACCGCGUAGUGUCCCUGGGUCUUAUGAUGAUAAGAGUGCUGCUAUAAAAAGUUUGUACAGCCAAGAAUUUGCAUUCUGUGAAAAAGUUAAGGAGGGGUUACAUAAUCCUGAUGAUUAUCAGGAAUUUUUAAAAUGCCUUCACAUAUACAGCAGGGAGAUAAUCACAAGACAAGAAUUGCAAGCUUUGGUACGUGAUAUACUAGCAAAUUAUCAAGAACUCGUGGAUGGGUUUGAUGAGUUUUUGGCCCGCUGUGAGAGACCUGAUGGAUUUCUUGGCAGUGUUAUAAGCAAAAAAUCCCUGUGGCCAGAAUCUUUGUGGAGCGAUGGUCCAUCAAAAUCAGUAAAACCUGAGGAUAGGGAGCGAGAUAGGGAUAGUGUAAGAGAAGACAGGGAUCGAGAUCGUGAGAGCAGGGAAAGGGACCGCACUGAUAGAAGUGGUGUUUAUGGGAAUAAAGAAGUUGCAAAUCUGAGAAUGUCUUCAAAUUCGAACAAGGAUAAGUAUAUAGGAAAACCUAUACAAGAGCUUGACCUCUCCAACUGUGAACGCUGCACACCUAGUUAUCGAUUGCUUCCCAAGAAUUAUCCCAUACCUUUGGCAAGCCAUAGGACGGAGCUUGGAGCUGAAGUAUUGAAUGAUCACUGGGUCUCUGUUACUUCUGGAAGUGAGGAUUACUCAUUUAAACACAUGCGUAAGAAUCAGUAUGAGGAGAGCCUCUUUCGGUGUGAAGAUGACAGGUUUGAACUGGACAUGCUGUUAGAGUCCGUGAACGUAACAAUAAAGCGUGUGGAAGAUCUUUUGGACAAAAUCAACUCGAACAUGAUAAAAUCAGAAAACCCUAUACGGAUAGAGGACCACUUUACACCUAUAAAUCUGAGAUGCAUUGAGCGGUUAUAUGGGGAUCAUGGUCUUGAUGUCAUGGAUGUAUUGAAAAAGAAUGCAAUUCUUGCUUUGCCUGUUAUAUUGACUCGCUUGAAACAAAAGCAAGAAGAAUGGGCCAGAUGCCGAGCUGAUUUCAACAAGGUGUGGGCUGAAAUAUAUUCCAAGAAUUAUCAUAAAUCACUUGAUCAUCGUAGUUUCUAUUUCAAGCAGCAAGACACAAAGAGCUUGAGUACAAAAGCUUUAUUGGCAGAGGUUAAAGAGAUUAGUGAGCAGAAAUGUAAAGAGGAUGAUGUGCUUUUCGCUGUUGCUGCUGGAAACAGACGACCUGUUAUAUCCCACAUGGAAUUUGAGUACCCUGAUGCAGAGUUACAUGAAGAUUUGUAUGAUCUCAUAAAAUAUUCCUGCGCUGAAGUUUGUACAGCUGAACAGUUGGAUAAAGUGAUGAAAAUCUGGACAUCUUUCCUGGAACCUGUACUUGGCGUGCCUGCUCGAGCUCAGGGUGCAGAGGACUCUGAAGAUGCCACUAGAGCCAAGAAUGAGGUUACCAAAACAGACGGUCCUGCUAUUGGUGAAAGUGAUAGAAUUCCUAGUGGCUGUGCUGCUGUUCGUAAACAUGAAAGUAGUCCACCAGAACAAUCCAGUUCUGGCAAUCAUGCUAAAGAUGAUGUGUAUCCUGAUGCCAGUAGCAGUGGUCUGCAUCAAGUUCGAUCACAGAGUAAUGGCAACAUGAUUGAUCAAAUAUCUGGUCAUGGAAAACAAACGACGUCUAAUGAACGAUUGGCCGCUUCUAACCCAUCUCUUCCUCCUGGAGUUGAGCAAUUGCAUGGAAGGAACAUUGAAAACCCGUCAGGUCAUAGUACCACACAAUUGAGAGUUGGGAAUGCAGCAGAGAACAAUGGGCUGGAGUUGAGAUCAAAUGGUGGAAAUUUACCUUCGUUAGAGGCUGUUGAUUCUACUAGACCAGUUCCUGCAUCAAAUGGAGUGACAACAGGACAAAACAAAGAAAUUAAAUACUGCGAAGAGUCUAAUGGGCACGCCAAAGUAGAAAGAGAAGAGGGUGAGUUGUCUCCAAAUGGAGAUUUUGAGGAGGAUAAUUUUGCAGUUUUUGGGGAUACAGCCACAGAGCCUGCCAAUAAGCCAAAUGAUGGUGCUUCAAGUGCUCCACACCAAAGCAGACAGAGAGGUGAGGUACAUCAAGGUGAUGCUGGAAGAGGAAAUGAUGCAGAUGUUGACGAUGAAGGUGAGGAGAGUGCUCACAGGUCAUCAGAGGACAGUGAGAAUGCCUCAGAAAAUGGGGAUGUUUCCCCCAGUGAGUCUGGUGAUGGAGAGGAUUGCUCUCCUGAGCAUGAAGAAGAUGGGGAACAUGAUGGGAAUGAUAACAAGGCUGAGAGUGAGGGUGAGGCUGAAGGAAUGGCAGAUGCACAAGAAGAUGGAGAUGGAAUAUCAUUGCCUCUUUCUGAACGCUUUCUGCAAACAGUGAAGCCUCUAACAAAGCAUGUCCCUGCACCUUUAAAUGAAAGAAGAAAAAUUUCCCGCAUUUUCUAUGGAAAUGACUCGUUCUAUGUUCUCUUUAGAUUACAUCAGACUUUGUAUGAAAGAAUUCAAUCAGCAAAGAUUAACUCAACUACAGCCGACCGCAAAUGGAAAUCUUCCCAUGAAACAGUUCCAUCUGACCUGUAUUCUUCAAGAUUCAUGAAUGCACUAUUUAGUUUGGUUGAUGGUACAUCUGACAACACCAAAUUUGAGGAUGAUUGUCGAGCCAUUGUUGGCACUCAAUCAUAUCUUCUUUUCACUUUAGACAAGCUUAUAUACAAGCUUGUCAAGCAGCUUCAAAUAUUGGCCUCUGAGGAAGUGGACAACAAGCUUCUUCAGCUAUAUGCAUAUGAAAGCUCCAGAAAACCUGAGAGAUUUGUAGAUGUCGUUUAUCACGAAAAUGCUCGUGUUCUACUUCAUGAUGAGAACAUAUACCGUAUUGAAUGUUCAUCUUCACCAACGCGAUUGUCCAUCCAAUUAAUGGAGAAAGGGCAUGAAAAACCCGAAGUGACAGCUGUGUCAAUGGAACCCAACUUUUCAAGCUAUCUACAUAAUGAUUAUCUCUCAGCUGUCCCAGAUAAGAAAGAGAAGCCUGGGAUAUUUUUGAAGAGCAGGAAUAAACACCAACAUACGAGUGGAGAGGAAUCAUCUAGUGCUUCCAAGGCUAUGGAAGGAGUUCAAGUUGUCAAUGUAUUAGAGUGCAAGAUAGCUUGCAAUUCGUCCAAGGUGUCAUAUGUAUUAGACACGGAAGAUUUCUUAUACCGGAGGAUAAGAAAUAGGAGAACUUUGCGUGUGAGCAGUGCUUGCAAUGACCAGGCGAAGUCACAAAAUGGCUCUUCUCGCAGAUUAGAUCCGUUUAGCAGAUUGCUUGCAAACUCAUGCUGAUCCAUACUGAUGCCCACUGGAAGUAUGUGCUGCUGGUGCGUGAGGAGCUGUGCUCAUUGCAAUCUAUGACAAUAUCAAUUGAAGCAUUAUGGUACACUAUCAGAUGCAUGCGUUGCUCAAUCUACUUUUGCUGUGCUCUGGGGGUUGCUGAAGCAAAGGCUAACUGAAGUCGCUGGGAAGGAUUACGAUUACGUGCUUCGGAAGAUCAGAAGACAGAAUGUAUAUUCUCUGCUUAACGGGAAAUUAUUACUAAUAUUUGCGCUUUGGAUGAAGGAUAAUAAUAUAUUCGACAAGCGUAAAAUAGUUAUGUGCUAAUUUGGCGUGAGAAAGAGAGAAGUCAUUGUGUAUGGAGCAGCAGAAAGAGCAAAAGAAAGGAAAAAGGAGUUCCUUUUUGUUGAAGCAUCCCCUAAUUCCUUCCUUCCAACCUAAUAAAGGGAGCGAUGAUGGUUCAAGUGUAGUAUAAUGUAAGUUUUGUGGCAAUUUAGCCACAAUUGUGUAAAUAUAGCUAAUAUCAUUUCAUUCAUUUACAUUACUGAUCAAUGAUCAUUUUUGUUUCACCUAAUAGCCCCUUUUUUCCUUCCUUUUUUUUUUCCUUUUUUUGUUGCAUGAUCAAAUUGAUGUAAUUUCAUAUGGAUAUUUUAUAAAUAGUUGCAGUCGUGCUGCCCUUUCAAGUAAAAGAUAGCGAAGUUUUUGUUUUUGCAAA